UGCAGCUGAUGCAGUCAGGCAGGUGAGCGGGCGGGAGUCUCGCGCAUUCUCGACGCGUCUUUUCAGGUUCACAGAUCGUCAGAAAAGGCUCUUUAGACAUCAUCGGUCAAAUACCUCCAAUGUGCAAUGCCAAAAAGUGACAGCUGGCCAGGGGGCGUUUCCAAGGAACCCGUGUCUGGUAUGAACAGCACAGGGAGCUGUGAUAGCAUGAGUGACGACAGUCUGGAGCAUCUCUCUGCUGAGGAGAAAGCAUGUCUUAUGUUCCUGGAGGAGACCAUUGAAUCUUUGGAUGUGGAGGAUGACAGCGGACUGUCUAAUGAUGAGCCCGAUCGCCCCUCUUAUGGACUAGCGAGGAAACUAGCUCAGUACCCUUCUGUCUACCACAACAAACCUGAGGCCCAUGAGGACCCAAAUAAAAUCAUAGGAAGAGGUCACAGACCAUCUGCAAAAUACCUCGUGCCAACUCCAUUAGUCGUAGCUGGUGGAAAUGCCAAACUGGAUAGCAGACCAAGUGAAUUAUCACCCAAAGACAAACCUGCCGUGUUUAUCGAUGGCUUCAGGUCAGCCUCUGACCAUCAACAAACACCACUGGCGGCUUUAAAAAGAUCAGAAUUAUCACAAUCAGUAAUUGUUAAACAGAGCACUGGACUAUCGAGAGAAGUGGCUGACCUGCCGCCGUCUUUCAUUCCUGAACCUCCGGUUAGAUCUCAUGCGUCCAGUAACAGUCCUAAGAGUUUAGAUGCUAAGAAGCAACAGAAGGUCUCCUCAGAGAUGAGCUGGAUUCCUCCACCUUCGGAUUUCAUGGAUGAAUCAGCCGAUAAAGCCGCUCCACGUUAUUCAGCACCGCCUCCACCUGUCAUUGAUGAACUGCCGGAAUGGACUCCUGAACUUCCAAAUCCUGCAGAGGUGAACAAAUCAAAGUGUAUAUAUCCAGCACCAUCGAGACAAUCACUGUCCAAAAAUGACAUUGAAAACUUGCGGCAGAAAGCUUUGAUGAAGAAAACACCUCUGACGCCGGUAAUGAUCGUGCAGCAUUCUGGAGCAGACGUGCCAAGAACACCUUCACCAUCUUCUGAACAGGUACCGGCUCUUCCAAGAGAGUACAAGGACCCCAAAACCCCUCCGCCUGUGGCACCCAAACACAAACUCCCUUCUAAUAUCAUCCUCAAAAGCCACAAAGAACCCGGGGCUGCACAUUUGCUCCUGUCGCCGAGCGAUCGCACUCCGUUGGAUCAGCAGAAGAUAAGAAUGGAGGCAUUGAGAAAACUAGGCCUGUUAAAGAAUGACGAUGUCGAUUCAGGGCCCAGUGUCUCUCCUUCUGUCUCACCGACAUACAAAUCUAAAGAUCUGAGUCCGGUGUCCCCUCACUGCCCAUCUGUGUACUCAACAUCACCUACUCUGGAACCGCCGCCGGACCACUCGAGGUUUACAGGAUGGCCUGUAUCAGGAGAUACACAACUGCCGAUAGACACAAGACACAGAGAUGUGGCAAGUAGAGAAAGCCUUUUGAAGAAGCCACCGCCUCGGCCCUAUGAGAUCAAAUCGUCCUCGCUGGGAAGGUCAGGUGUCGGUCUUAGCAGCAUCGUUGUGGAACCCAGAACAUCGGCGACAAAUCUGGACACCACCGAUGUUGAGCUAUCACCCGGACAGUUUCGAAAAAGCCGAGCUCGACCCCUUUCUGUGGAAAGCGCCAAGGACUUGAGUUUGGGACACCCGGAGGUCGAUUUCAACAAAUCGUUUCAUUCCAAUUCGGUUUCGCUCGCACACACAGGUGGUGAUGCCCAAAAGUUGCCCCGAUCGAAUGGAAUAAGUGUGGUUAUUACCCCUCACGGGAGGAACGGAGAAAACAGACGUGAAGCGCUGAAGAAAUUGGGAUUACUGAAGGAUGGCGGCGGUCGCUGAUUGUCUUUUGCAGAUUUUUGGGGGUAUGAGGAUUGUUGUCAUAGACACUAAUAAUACUGAAGAAAGACUUUUAAUAUAAGCAUUUAAGUGAUGCUGGAUCUUAGAUGAACUCAUCUUCACUUGUUGCACUUUUGGUUCUGGCUUCAUGGUCGAUUUUCAUCUCUAGAUUACGCGUUCAAUGAAAUUCAAUAUAAAUAUAGCACUUUUUGUGAAUUGUUGUUGGCAAAGCAUUACAAUGUUAUCGUUUAAAGAACUAGCUUAAAGAUAGUUUGUAGUAUUUGCCGCUCAAAAAUACAAUCACACAGGAUUGUAUUAUUCGGGCAUGUUUUAGGGCAUUGGUUUGUCUAAAAUCUCAUCUCUCCUGUGUAUAUUUCUUUAUUAAAACGUUUUCAAAUGGUGCAUGUGGCACCAACAAGUUAUUCUUGUUAAUGAACGUACGGUAGUGUACUCGAGACCAAUCUUGGUCUCAAGACCAUUUUUUGAUGUUCUUGGUCUUGUCUCGGUCUCAGACCUAAAGGACUCAGGAUUUUAUUUCCAGAUCGGACAAGACCACAAUUGCAGGAACAUCAGUAAAUUGCUGGUGCAUUGUCUGAUCUGAUCUGAUAACAUCAAUAAUGUGAAUGGAUGUAAAACUCUCUGCUUUAAAUGCUUUUAUGUUACUUUUGUGCCAGUAAUAAAUGAAGUGGUGAUUGUCAAAAAAAUCAAUAGAAAGGCCCACAAAAUCGAAGAUAUGAUUGCAAAAAAACUGUAUGAGAUCUUGUUUAUUUAUCUGUAUUACAUAUAAUAUAUAUUAACAUUGUUUUAAAUGCGAAAUGAAUUUUUUGAAAUUCUUGUUUGUAGUUCACACUCUCAAUAUAGUUAUAUAUAUAUAUAUAUAUAGAUAGAUAGAUACUUUCAAUAUCCUAUUAUUGUUUCAUUAAAAGAGUUUACAGAUUUCAUGAUAUGUUGGGUAUUUACAGAGUUUUUAGGGUUACGUAGAUCUUUUAGAUGAAUUAUAGGAGUGCUUGUCUUGGUCUUGACUCUGUCUCGGUCUGCCUUGGUCUUGUUUCGGUUUAGGUGGUCUUGACAACACUACACUAAUGUACAGUUCAUAAAUUGUAAGAUAAGUCAAGAAUUAAAUACUUCUAAAUCUGUAACAAUUAUUUUGAUUAAGACUCUUUAGCUCAUCAGUGUUCAAAUAAUGGGAAACGGUAAUCUGACAUUUUGAAGGACUUCAAUAAAAUCUUGUAAUAUCAGUAUACUGUGGUGGUGAUAAAAGUAAGUGAAACUGUGUCUUGGAGGCUCAGUGUGUUUCUGAACUCUUGGAGUGGGUGUUUAACAUCCUUGCCACCUCUGACGUUCAAAUUCCUAUCCAUGUUUUUCUUGUCAACACGGUUCUGAUGAGGUGACAUUCUGAGAGUUCCUUUCAUAACAUCAGCUGUUUCUAUCAUGCAGAAACUUGUCAGACCUGCUGAGUCUUUCAGAACCUUUAUCACCUGCACGUCUUUUGUUUUCCAGCAUCAGACAGACUUCAUUAUGUCUUCAUUUGAUUCGACUUUUGGAAGCCUCCAAAAGACUGCCGUUUGUCAUUUGAACAGGUGCAUCCGAGUCUGUGGCUGCUUUGCUCAAUAUUAGAUCACAAUGGACAGAAUAGACAAAUACAGUGCACACAAAGAUGACAAAAGACCAGAGACAAAAGGUUGAAGUAAUCAAAUAUGUCAGAUAAAAAAAGGAAAAUAAUAAAUGCGAUGUCAUACUGUAAGUUUGGUUGAUCACUGUGUUUGAUACGAGAGGUACUGGUGGAUUCCUGAACUGCACAAUGUGAUUCAAAUGGGCUGAAUCUCUUUGAAAGUCUCACCAGUAAUGGGUCUUCAUUAAGACUAUCAAUUCAGAUCCAUGUUUAUGUUGUGUUUUCUGGUGACUGUUCACUGUUGGUUUAUACAUGAAUUCACGACUCCCUCUAGUGGUAGUAGUUGUGAAAUGCGCCCACUUAUGUUUGGGUCAAAUAUGGGCAUUUUCGAGAUGACUAAGAUCUUUGAUUGAAACGUUGCCACUUGAACUUUUUUUUGCGAAUGAACAACAGUGUGCAGAUCUUUUUCAUAUUAUUUGAUUUAUGUUUUUUUAAUCUUGCACCUGGCUACGGUGCUUUGGAUGUGCGUACCUUAAUUUUUUGUGUUUAUUCAUAUUUUACCCAGCCGUGGGUUAAAAACAGCAUUUUUAGCUUGUUGUUGAACUUGGAUAGAUGGAUUGAUGGAUGGAUGAAUGGAUGAAUGAAUGAAUGAAUAGAAAAAUUAAUUUGGGAUCUGGUCCUUAUAAAAUGCAUAAAUCACUUUGAAUAAACAACUCAUCUAUGUUUGGUUAUGGUAAUGUUUGCUUUUUCUUGCUAAGCUCAUGUGCUACUGUACAUUCAGAAGUUCUUGGAAAUGUGCAAACUUGUACGUUGUAAUUAAUUAUCCUGUAAUGUGUGUUUCAAGUAUUUUAGUUGGAAAACUGAGUCGUUGUAAGAGGAUGAGCAUUA